CUGAGCUGAGAAGAAGCAGCGACAUGUCCAAAACAAUAAGAUUCACUGUAUAAACCUGAACAAAACAGCAGGAAUAACACAUGAAGCAAAAUAGCUGCCGUGUAUGUGUCACAUGUGCACAUUUUAACCCCUUAAGGGCACAGCUAAUUGUAUUUAUUUUUCCGCUUUCCUUUUUUUUAUCCUCCUUUUUUUUGCAGGACCAAUUGUAAUCUGUGUGAUGGCCCUUCAGACAUUAGCCGCUUCCAGUAACACAUCCCUGAUCCAGCCAGGAUUCUCCUUGUUUCGGUUCGGAAGGUGUGUCUUUUUCUUCGGACAAAAGGGGUGGCCGAAACGUUCCUGCCCCACGGGCGUGUUCUUGGUGGAUCUUAAAAACAACGAGCUGAAACUUCGUCCCAUCACUUUCACCAAUGAAUCCUGCUACCUUCCGCCACUGAGGCAUCCAGCCGUGACCAGUUUCUCCGACUGUUUAGACGGUGAAUCCAUCCGAUAUCUGGUCCAUGGAGGGAAGACCCCAAAUAAUGAAGUCUCUCAGAAGCUCUAUAUCAUCUCCAUGUCCCCUUCCGUCAACAAAAAGAUAACACUCUGCUGUUCGGAGAAGGAUUUAGUAGGGGAUAUUCCCGAAGCCAGGUAUGGCCAUUCCAUCAAUGUGGUGCACAGCCGAGGCAAAAAGGCGGUAAUGAUAUUUGGUGGAAGGUCCUAUGUGCCGUUGAAUCAAAGGACUACAGAAAAAUGGAAUAGCGUUGUUGACUGUCAGCCAUUCGUCUACCUCAUCGACCUCCAAUUUGGUUGCUCUACCAUGCACGCCAUUAAGGAAAUCCAAGAUGGCGUUUCCUUUCAUGUCUCAAUAUCCCACAAUGACACGGUCUACAUUAUCGGUGGACAUUCCCUGGAAAACAAUUUAAGGUCUCCAAACAUCUACAAGAUUAAUGUGGAUCUUCUCUUGGGAAGUCCGGCUAUUACUUGUAAUAUUCUAGAGUGCCGUCUGUCUUUUUCGAGCUCUAUCGUAACCAGUACCUGUCCAGAUGAAUUUUUCAUUGUUGGCGGCUAUGAGUCCGACAGUCAGAAGAAGAUGACUUGUCACAAAGCUCUUAUAAGUAAUGAUAACAUUGAAUUUGAGGACGUAGAGCCUCCUGAAUGGACGGGGGAAAUUAAGCAUAGCAAAACAUGGUUCGGGGCCGAUAUGGGUCAUGGAGUUGUACUAUUGGGCAUCCCAGGAGACAAUAAGAACCAAAAUUCAGAUAGUAGCUAUUUUUUCUACCUACUCAGUCACGGAGAGGAGGACAGUACGCUGGCUCAAUCAUGUAGCCAACGAUCUCUCGACAACCAAGAAGACUCCAUGCCUCUUGAAGACUCUGAGGAGUUCAUGUUCAGCAGAGAAGGGAUCAUGUCCGAUGAAGACACCUACAACGAGGACGACGAAGAAGACGAGUCCCAAGCUGGUUACUGGAUCACGUGCUGCUCUGACUGUGAUCUGGAUAUUAACACGUGGGUCCCUUAUUACUCUACAGAACUUAACAAACCAGCCAUGAUCUACUGCUCCAGCCAAGGUGGACACUGGGUCCACGCCCAAUGUAUGGAUCUCUCAGAAGAUAUGUUGAUCAAUCUGUCUGAAAACAACAUCAAGUAUUUCUGCCAUGAACAUAUUAAGCUCGAAAGGGGUCUUCAAACGCCUAAGAAGAUGACCCCCGUCACGAAACCAUCGCUGAAGCGAGUAGGUCGAAAACCAUCUGUCAGCAGAAUGUCGCCAGCAAAGAAGUCUUUUUUUAGACGCUUGUUUGAGUAAAAAAACAGAUGAACCCCAGAAAUAGGUAUCAAUGACCUCAGAUCCAGACGUGAUUUUCACCAACAAUUU